AUGGAAAUGCCUCCUGUAUCCGCCCCUCCCGCGGAGGCGGCCCUGUCCCACCAGGGUGCGCUCGCGGGCUCGGUUUCCGCAGCCAGCGUGGGGGCUCCUGAGCACUCCUCUUCGGAUUGUGCCUCAGCGCCUCCUGCAGUUUCAGGUUCUUCCCACGUGUCUCCGUCUGCCUCCGCGGCGUCAACGCCGAAUGACUCGUCGCAAGAUGCCUCGGCGCCGGCUUUGCCUGAGGGCGGCCCUGGGGCGUCUGUUUCAGAAGCGCCGGGGCUCGACUCCCUGACCCCUGGGCGUGCGCCGCCUCCGCUCUCAGCUGCCGGCUACGUCAUGACGGGGCCUCUCCCAGGGUUGCCUCGGCCACGAACAGAGACAGUGGUGCUCGACCCGUCGUCAGCUGUCCCUCCGUUGACUGUGGGGAGUGCAGCAAGUGGACUUCAGUCCUCGACUCCACUGGCCGUCGAGGGGGCCCGCGCUGCGGCGGGGACUGGAGCGAGUGGAAGAGGUUCUUGGCCCUCAGGCGCCGGGUGCGCGCCUCAACGGACGCUCGUAACAGUCCCGAGUGUAUGUGGGAGUCGCCAACGGUUCAUGCAUGCGUUGUUGCAACGCAGUGCGGCCUGGAUGAUGUUCAGCAAAGGCGUUCAGAGCGUGGAGCCGCAGUGCCUCGAGUACGUCUCGUCUUGGCUAGCGUACCGCAUCGGAGCCAUUGGCCGCCAAGCCAAGAUCUACGCGAACAUCAGGGGGACCAGCGUGGCGAACUACUUCGAUGUGAAGCAGGCGCUGUUCGAUGUCAGUCCCUCCUCGUACGCGGCUCUCUUCCGCACCACGGGGAUCGCUCCAGUCGCAGGCACGCAGCCGAAGGAAGUCCUUUUGGGCGCAGAUGGCCGAGGCCGACGUGCGCGGCAGGCCCUCGCGAGCAGAGGCGGCGAGAGGGGCGCAUGCAUGCCCCUGCUGGAAACGGCCGAGGAAGAACCGGUGGUGACCACAGACGACACGUGGAUGUACCGCCGUCUGUUGGGCGAGCCGGUAGACCCCAUCGGCGCGGAAGAGCCCGGCGCGGUCGGUGUCCCCGCGCUCGCUUCGGGCUCCACCGCCCUCGAUGCCCCCCACGACCCGCAGGGCCCUGUGGGGCGGGGAGACGACGCGUUGCGAGGGCUGGGAGGCCAGUCCCAACGAGGAGUGCCUCUCGGACCUGGCGCCCACGGGAUCGGGCUCUUUCCCGGGACGGCUUCGCCUCCUGACGCAGCUGUCGGCGCUUCGGGCGCAGGCCCCGGCCUGGUCCCUGGAGGCCCUCACGCCCCUGCGGGGCCCGAUCUGUCGGGUUCGGGCUCCCCCGCGGUCGGGCCCGCAGCGGGGAGCGGCGCGGCCCUUCCAGGCGCGUCGUACCCGGACGGCGCGCCGUCCCGGGGGCUGGGCGGCGCCGGGGGACCUGGCGGCAAGGUGGGGCCGAGCCGGAGCGCAGAGCCGCCGCUGCAUGUGCCGCCUUGGUUCCCUCAGUUCCCUCCCGCCCACCUGUGGACAUGCACGCCGACGCCGAGUCCCCCUGCUUCGGAUGGCGCCUCGUUAGACUUCAAGAGGCAGUGCGCGAAAAUGGAGUUGCAGCUGCAUUUGCCGCAGCUCCAGCUUCCGCAAAUGCCGCCUUCGAGGUGGGACGAGGCGAGCGGGGAAUGGCGAGAACUCGGCGAGGACGAAGCAGCCGCUGAGGCUGGCGGGGGGGCCGAAGACUCCUGUAGACCGGGAAUGAAGAGGAGACGAGGCAAAGAAGAUGGGGAGACUGCGGAUCUCACGCUGUGGGGACUUCCACGAGGUGAGGUAAGCAGAAGGGCCCUGUCUCUGGAAGCCGACGACGCGGUCGAUAAGGAAGAUGCCGACGCUGGCGCGGCCGGGGACGAAGAGCGCGGCGAAUCGCGGAGGGAGAAGGGGAACGAGUUCGGAAAGGGAAAGAGAAGAAGAAGGCAGGACGAAGUCAUAGAGAGAGAGGUGGUGGCCGACACUGCGCAAGACGGACACCAAGGGAAUCUCCUUCUCAGCUGGUGA